GCGAGAGAGCGAGUGGAGGCAGAAUUUAAAAAUAAACCGGCUCUCCACCCUCCCAGCCCGUUCGCCGCUACCGCUCCCCCUUCCCUAGUCCGCGCCCUCGCCGUCUGGGCCCGCGCGCCCACCCCGUCGUCCCGCGCGGCCCCUUUAAGAAAAGAGAACGAGAGAGUGAGUGAGAGAGAAUCCCAACUCUCCCCCUCCCCUCCCCUCCCUCCUACCCCCUCCUCCCUCCCCUCUCCCCUCCCCCCCUCUCCCCGGGCGGCUCCGGCUCCCGCAGCGGGACAGACCCACCCGCCCAGGCUUUUAUCCGGCACGGGCAGCGUCUUCCUUCCCUCCCCGGUCUAUGGUGGCGGCGGCGGUGGCGGCUCCUCGGGCGGCAGCGGAAGACGAGGCUGCGGCGUUGCCAUGAACAGUGGCGGCGGCCUCCCGCCCCCCUCGGCCGCCGCCUCCCCUUCGUCCUCCUCGCUGGCGGCGGCAGUGGCGGUGGUGGCCCCGCCGGGGGUCGGGGGUGUCCCCGGCGGGGCGGCGGCGGGAGUGAAGCUGAAGUACUGCCGCUACUACGCUAAGGAUAAGACUUGCUUCUACGGGGAGGAGUGUCAGUUCCUGCAUGAGGACCCGGCCGCCGGAGCUGCCCCGGGCCUCGGCCUCCAUAGCAACAGCGUCCCCCUGGCUCUGGCGGGCGCGCCCGUGGCCGCCUUUCCGCCUGGAGCGGUCCCGGGCGGGGGAGCCGGGCCGCCUCCGGGGCCCAAGAAGUCGGACCUAGGGGGUCCGGGUGCAGGAGCCGCAGCCGGCGGAGGAAGCAGCAGCGGGGUACUCGAUGGACCGCGGCUGGCAAUUCCUGGAAUAGAUGGAGGUGCUUUAACGGAUUCAAGUCUCACAGAUUCCUAUUUCAGCACCAGCUUUAUUGGAGUCAAUGGAUUUGGAAGCCCAGUGGAAACAAAGUAUCCUUUGAUGCAGAGAAUGACUAAUAGUAGCAGCUCCCCAAGCCUUCUAAAUGACAGUGCCAAGCCAUAUGCAGGCCAUGAUCCUCUAACUUCACCUGCUUCAUCCUUGUUUAAUGAUUUUGGUGCCCUCAACAUCUCUCAGAGAAGAAAGCCAAGGAAGUAUCGCCUGGGGAUGCUGGAGGAGAGGCUAGUUCCGAUGGGAUCAAAGGCACGAAAAGCAAAGAACCCUAUUGGCUGCCUUGCUGACAGGUGUAAAUCAGGAGUACCCAUCAAUAUGGUUUGGUGGAACAGAGUCACAGAAAACAAUUUACAGACACCAAAUCCUACUGCAAGCGAGUUUAUUCCUAAAGGAGGAUCAACCUCCAGGCUGAGUAACGUGUCCCAGUCAAAUAUGUCUGCCUUCUCUCAAGUGUUCUCUCACCCAUCCAUGGGAAGUCCUGCUGCUGCUGGAUUAGCACCAGGAAUGUCCUUGUCUGCUGGAUCUUCCCCUCUUCAUUCUCCCAAGAUCACUCCGCAUACUUCUCCUGCUCCUAGAAGAAGAAGUCACACUCCAAAUCCAGCAAAUUACAUGGUGCCUUCUAGUGCCUCUACACCUGUUAAUAAUCCUGUUUCUCAGACUCCAUCUUCUGGUCAGGUGAUCCAAAAGGAAACUGUCGGUGGGACGACUUACUUCUAUACAGACACAACCCCAGCACCUUUGAGUGGAAUGAGAUCUUUCAAAAAUUAUCACAGAACAGCUUGCCGAACAGAAGGUCAAAUAAUUGAGGUAUUUCCAAACUAUCAUAUUUAUCCUCCAACUGCACCUCAUGUUGCUUAUAUGCAACCAAAAGCAAAUGCACCUUCCUUCUUCAUGGCUGAUGAACUCCGACAGGAGCUGAUUAACAGGCAUUUAAUAACAAUGGCUCAAAUUGAUCAAGCAGAUAUGCCAGCAGUCCCUACAGAAGUCGAUAGCUACCAUAGCCUGUUCCCUCUAGAACCACUGCCACCACCCAACCGGAUACAGAAAUCAAGUAAUUUUGGAUACAUUACAUCUUGCUACAAAGCUGUAAAUAGCAAAGAUGAUCUGCCAUAUUGCCUUCGCAGGAUACAUGGUUUUCGUCUUGUUAACACGAAGUGCAUGGUGUUGGUCGAUAUGUGGAAAAAAAUUCAGCACUCAAAUAUUGUAACCUUGCGUGAAGUAUUUACCACUAAAGCAUUUGCAGAGCCCUCUCUUGUGUUUGCAUAUGAUUUCCAUGCUGGAGGAGAGACUAUGAUGAGCAGACACUUUAAUGACCCUAAUGCUGAUGCCUAUUUCACAAAGAGAAAGUGGGGUCAGCAUGAUGGACCAUUGCCCAGACAGCAUGCAGGAUUAUUGCCAGAGUCUCUUAUUUGGGCAUAUAUCGUCCAACUGAGUUCUGCAUUGCGUACCAUUCACACAGCAGGUUUGGCAUGUCGAGUUAUGGACCCAACAAAGAUUCUGAUAACUGGCAAAACAAGGUUGCGAGUAAAUUGUGUUGGAGUUUUUGAUGUUUUAACAUUUGAUAACAGUCAGAAUAAUAAUCCAUUGGCAUUAAUGGCUCAAUACCAGCAAGCAGAUCUGAUAUCAUUAGGAAAAGUUGUGUUGGCUUUGGCUUGCAACUCUUUGGCAGGAAUUCAGCGAGAGAAUUUACAGAAAGCCAUGGAACUGGUGACAAUCAACUACUCCUCUGACCUGAAGAAUCUGAUUUUGUAUUUGUUGACCGACCAAAACAGGAUGCGAAGUGUAAAUGACAUCAUGCCCAUGAUUGGUGCUCGAUUUUAUACUCAAUUGGAUGCUGCUCAAAUGAGAAAUGAUGUCAUAGAGGAAGACCUUGCAAAGGAGGUUCAGAAUGGAAGACUGUUUAGGCUUCUAGCAAAAUUGGGAACAAUCAAUGAGAGGCCGGAGUUUCAGAAGGAUCCUACCUGGUCGGAGACUGGAGACCGUUAUCUUUUGAAACUCUUUAGGGAUCAUCUUUUCCAUCAGGUGACAGAAGCGGGUGCUCCUUGGAUUGACCUCAGUCAUAUCAUUUCUUGUCUUAACAAGUUAGAUGCUGGUGUGCCAGAGAAAAUCAGCCUCAUUUCCAGAGACGAGAAGAGCGUACUUGUGGUGACUUACAGUGACUUAAAGCGCUGCUUCGAAAACACUUUCCAAGAACUGAUUGCAGCUGCGAAUGGUCAGUUGUAGUAUUUGCUGAAAAAGCACGCAGGACAUGGCUGAGGACCUUAACCGAGAGCAAAUUGCACUACAGCUGAACUGUUCUCAUCCUCUCAUUUCACAUCUGGGAAACAAACAAGAGAUGAGCACAGCUGCUUGCACUUCAGUCAGGUACACUGUUACUUGAAAGGAAGAAUGUUUCACUUAUCCUAGAGCUGUGGCUGCCAUUGGGGCCAUAUCUGUGAAGAAUUUAUUUUAGAUUAAGGGGCACCAUUGGGUGAAUGGUGUUCCUGCUUUUGUUUUCUUCCACUUGUAUAUGCACUAAUUUUAAUUUUUUAAAGACUUUUUUCUGAUCUCUGAACUUUUGCCACAUUGUAUACUUACCUAUUAAGGGAAACUAUUUGCAAGGACAUUUUUGGGAAACAAUGCUGGGCAGCGUUUUUGUCACUGAGGGUUGCAGAAUUUGCUCUUUUGGGGAUGGGUUGCCCUGAAUAACAUAAUGGACCAGGUAAAUAAUUUCACAGAAGUACAGUAUAGUGUAUAAUUCUUGUAAGAGUAUUGUAUGCAAGCUCUGUAUGCCACCCACACUGUUAGUUCCAAUGAAGAUUUUUGGGUUUUCCUUGUUUUGUUUUGUUUUGUUUUGUUUUGUUUUGUUUUGUUUUUAAGAACACACAAAGAGAGAUCAGUGAAUUGUUGGAUACGAAUUCCCCCAUCAGUAGAUGUAAAUCCUUUCUGAGUGAGGAUUGGAUAAACAGGAACUUAAGGAGCACGUAAAGCUCUUUGCUCCAAAUUUGACCAGAGUCUUUUUUUAAAAAGCUGUUUCCCUGCUUGUCAGAUAUAUUUACAUUUAUGCAGUUUUUUUAAUAGAAAAAAAAUUCUGCUAAGGCCUGAAGGUCAGGAGUAUAUUGCUUUAGAUUCUUUCCAGUUCGCUUUUUUUGUAUAAAGUUCUGUUCUUUGAACCACAGCUUUAUUAUGGUACUUUACACUGGAUACAGACACAGAGACACUGUUCAGAAGAUGAACUAAACACAGCAGUGGUCUGGCAUCAAGAGCUUUCUGAAGUUUUACAGCCUGAAUCUGGAGGGAUAACAAUCUGCUGUGCCUUUGCAGUCACUGCUUAGCCCAAAGUAAUAGUACUUUUGAUAAUAACUUCACUAUGUGGGAUAUUCCUGAAUAAGUCAAUCUCAAAAGUUUGGAAUUUUCCUCUUCUUAACUUUCUUAAUAUUUGGACGUGCAGUUGUCGCCAAACUUGGGUAUUCAUGGAAUUUCUAGUUAAUGAAAUACUUAUACUUUGAUACUGAAGACUGCCAAAUACAUAGGAAUUUUCUUUCACAAAAAAACAGUAAUGAAGACUCUAUCUCCUUUCCCAGCACUGAAUGUUUUACUAGCACUGGGUGCUCACCAUGCAACUAUGAAGAAAAUGUGGAAACUCAAAAGGUCAGGAAAGACUUCCAAGCACUUGCAACUGAUGUUACGGUCUUCAAUUUUAAUAAUUAUACAUAUUUGUAGUUUUCAGAGAAGUUUUUAAUAUUUCUCUGUCCACUUUUUAUAAGCUUUAAAAUGAUUUUCUCUGCCUUGAGAUUUGCAUCAAGAAAAAACACCUCUCCUCACUUGAAAGCUUUGAAGACUAAAGACACGCUUUACACAUUUUAACAGGUGUGUUUGAGUCCACGUUUGGUAGCAUCAGUUGUUGAGUUAAAAAGAAAAUCAAUUAUUGCAUUUGAUCUGGAUGGAUUUUAAAAGAACAUAAUGUUCAAUAUUCAAAGGAUAAUUAACAUUUGCCACCAUAAUGUUCUUUUUUAUGUAAAAGGAACAAGAACUUGGAGACAUUAACAUGCAAAAGUCUUUUAUCAUUAGCUCAUGUAUUUGAGGAAGAGCAGCUGUCUUUUUAUAUGUUUUUUGACAAAUCAUAUUGUAAUUCUUUUGUACAAAAAAGAACUACUUGUAUUCUAGAAGAAAUAUGAAAUGCUUAAUUUAUAAGCGGGCUGGAGAUUUUUUCCAAUAUUGUUUUCUUUGAAAAUGAAAGGGGAUCAUCUAUUUUAGUUUUGGGAUCUGGGAACUUUUUGAAAAUUUAAUUUGUGGACCAAUGUUUUGUGAAAGCUAAGGAAGGGCAGGGGUAAAAUAGGGCUUGAAUUUCUCAUCCUGUAUAGACCAGCAAACUUCCCUCUGCAAGGCAGGUUCAAAUCACAAACCUAAGAAUGUUUGCAUCCUAAGUGCUAGUUUGCUUCAGCCCCUAGUAACCUCAGGACUUGGUUUGAAUAUAAAGGUAGACAGACAGCUGAUAUGUUUUCAUGAGUAAAUAUUGUCGGCCAGAAAACAGAUGGUGUCAGGUAAUACAUAUUUUUUUUAAGCUUUGUUUUAUAUUUAUUUUUCAUUUAGUUUUUAUUGGGAAUGGUUUUCAGUAGAACUCUUAGUUCUGCUUAGGUGUUUUUUGGGGGAGCCCUCUUUUCCAUAGUGUAAUUCCAUUUGAGAGGUUGUCUAAAAGAUAGUCUUUUUAAUUCAGAGGAAGAUUUAAAUAUCUGAGAAUAGUCAAAUUAAGGAUAUAAACUUCCCAUAUCUUCUGUUAUGACAGAUCAAAGCACAGAAAGGACAACCCUUGAAAUCAUGUAACGUUGGUCAUUUCAUUUUUUUGUACCUAUUUUAAAUUCUGUUAGUGUAUUUACUUCAUUGUAAAUAUUUUUGAGGGUACCUUUGUAUUUUGCUUUUGACCUUGGUUCUGUGGUUUGGAUGUCAACAACUUCCCUAAAAAGCACCAGUAUGUUAAGUUCUGAUGUCAUGAUCCCAUGUGGGUUAUUCAUCUUUAAUCCUGUUUUCAGUCUCUAUGUGUACAGCCGUAUUUUUAAUAAAGAAUUACAGAGAA